CACUUCCUGUCGUACGUACGCUUGGUCGUCAGCUGGAGAACUCGCCAGAGAGGCAGACAGCUCCCUCCCGGCCCAGCGCCGCUCCCUAUCAUCGGAAAUUUGCUGGACAUGCCGGAAACGAAAAAGUGGCUGGGGUUUCAAGAUCUUUUCGCCAAGUAUGGUAACAUCGUGCACUUGAACAUCCUCGGAAAUCACAUCGUCACGAUUGGCGAUGCCAGUGUGGCCCAGGAGCUGCUGGAGAAACGGUCCGCAAAUACGUGCGACCGGCCGUCGAGCGUGGUGAUCCCUCUCAUCGGGAACGACGUGUCGUUCAGCGUCAUGCCCUAUGGGCAGUGGUGGAGGGACCACAGGCGCGCUUUCUGGCAGGUCUUCCACCCUGGCGCUAUACGGGGCUACCGAGACACUGAACGGGCAUUUCUGCACGACUUUCUCCGAAACCUCGUUGCCUCUCCUCAAGACAUAGAACGGCACAUCCGGUAUUUGUUCGCGGCGACCAUGUUGAAGGUCUUAUAUGGUCUCGAUGUCCAGGAAGAAGAGGGCGAGCUCAUUGACAGGAUCCAUGAAACGAUCAACUGCACUACGUCAGUUAUGAUCAACAAACACGCCGUCGAUGUCUUCCCCUUCUUGCGGCACCUACCUGCUUGGGUCCCAGGCGCAGGCUUUCAGCGCGUGUUUGCUGAAUGCAAGGCUGCCGUAGCAUACGCCAAAGAGAUGCCGUUCACCAGGAUGAAGGCGUUCUUGGGCGCCGGCCAACUUGGAAGCACCUCGUCCGCGCUUGCCGUCUUGUUGUCCAGAAUAGAUGACACGGUCGACUCUGCGAAAAGUGCGUACCAAGAAGACAUCGCCAAGGACGUUGGUCUGGUGGCUUUCGAAGCUGGGGCCGAUACGUCAUUUUCGAUGUUACAAGGGAUUUUCCUCGCUAUGUCUCUUUACCCGGAGGUGUUGAAGAAGGCUCAAGUUGAGCUUGACGCGGUGGUCGGUCCCCACCGCUUACCCGACUUCGAGGAUCGGGACGCGCUUAUCUACGUCAACGCCAUAAUCAGGGAGGCUCUACGGUGGCAUGUUGUGACACCACUGUCUGUACCUCAUUGCACACUCGAGGACGAUGUGUUCAACGGAUACUUCAUACCUGCCGGCACCACCAUCCUGGCGAACGUCUGGGCGAUGCUGCACGAUCCAGCGGUAUACGAGGACCCGAAGGAGUUUCGGCCCGAGCGCUUCAUCCGAGAUGGCGUACUGGACCCUACUGUCCGUGACCCGUAUCUAGUCGCCUUCGGAUAUGGAAGAAGGAUAUGUCCCGGGCGUCACUUCGCGGAUGAUGCCCUCUACAUAACUAUUGCGUCUGUUCUGCACGUCUUCGACAUUGGACCUCCGCUUGAUGGGAGUGGGCAGCCGAUACAUGUCAAGUACGAACAAACGGAUGGCGUGAUCACGAGCCCCAAGGAUUGUCGAUGCGUAGUGCGGCCACGUUCGGAGCAAGCCCGCGCUCUCGUCUUCGGGGCAUGA